AUGCCCCUCGAGCGGCUGACCGCUCUCCUGUGCCUGCUCGGCUCUGCCUGGCUGCCCACGGCCUCUGAGAGGCCCGGCCCCCCCCAGGCCGCCCCACCUCGCUCCUGGGCUGCAGCCAAUGAGACCUGGGCCCCGAGCCCAGGGGCCCCAGACCCCCUGGUGCCAGCCCCUGCCCGGGGCAGCUGGAAGGCCUUCUUGGGCCUGCAGAGAACCAGGCGAGUGGGAGUGCCUGCCGCCAUGUCCCUGCCGCUGGACCCACAGGAAGUAACCCGUGAGGUGUGUAAGGCCGUGCCCUUCACACAGGUGCUCUCCCGGCCCGGCUGCGCAGCCACCCACCUCCGAAAUCACCUCUGCUUUGGUCACUGCUCCUCUCUCUACAUCCCCGGCUCGGAUUCCAGCCCCCUAGUCCUGUGCAAAAGCUGUGAACCCACUCGCAAGCACCGGGCAUCCGUGGUCCUGUGGUGUCAUGCUGGCAGCCCUGCCUCCCAUCGGAGGGUGAAGAUAUCCACCAUACUAGUCGAGGGGUGUCACUGCAGCCCCAAGGCGUGA